CAACAUGUGGAUUUUUCCAAUUCUUCUGCUGUUGGUACAGCAUUCCACAGGCAGCAUCCUGCCAACGGAAUCUCCCCCUGAGGACACAACAAUCAGUGAUGAGAGGCAGUCGCAGUGCACAAAAGAAUUCGAGGAGCAGGACCAACAGCUGACGAGCCUGAAGGCACAACUGAAUGUCUAUCGGGACAAGGCCAGGGAACUGGAAAUGCUGCUGAACUACAGUAAUACGAUGGGGGAGAGACUGUGGGAGUCCUACAAAGCACAGACCGACUUCAAGGAGCAGGUCGAAAAGAUCCUAAUGAAGGAGAUCCAAGUCCAGAACUCCACCAUUCAACUCGAGGAGGAUCAAAGACAGUCCUUCGAAAACCGCCUCAACGAAUUGGAGUGGCAGCUGAAGAAUCGAGAUCUUAGAAUCAUGGAAAUUGAAACUCAAAUGAAACACAAGGAAGAUAGAACCAGGGGAUAUCUAAAGACCUUCAUGGAUAUAAUUGAGAAGGAGCUGGAGGGAAAAAGUAAAGAGGUUCUAAUAAGCAGAUUGUCACGCAUGCUGAUCUUUAUGCAAAUUAAAGAUCCACAUCUUGGUUACUGAAGAUCAAGAGAUCAGAAUAUUUACUUCAGACAGGAGUGUCAUAGGGAUAUGGAGGAGUACCAUACUAUAUACUGAUUAAAUACAAUAUUAACAAAUAUCUACAUAUAUAUACAAUAUACCCAUUUCUCAGUUUCUAGCAUGAAUUCUGAAAGUAUGCACUGAAGGGCUUUGUGGCUUUUAGAACUAAAAUCUUGGAGUUCUGUGGCAACCACAAUUUAGACGAUACAAGAAAUUCGUUAAUGCAAAAUCAUAGACAAUUCACAGGUUUACGAAAUUGCAGAUAGGAUCUUUAUAAUCUGAAUAAAACA